ACAGUAUUUUUUCCAGGUUUGUCAUGUCUGGGAUUGCGAUUGCUAGACUUGCUGAGGAGAGAAAGGCAUGGAGAAAAGAUCAUCCAUUUGGCUUCAUUGCAAGACCCACAAAAACCCGGAUGGAACACUGAAUUUGAUGAACUGGGAAUGUGCAAUUCCAGGAAAGAAGGGAACUCCCUGGGAGAGUGGUCUCUACAGGUUACGCAUGAUCUUCAAGGAUGAUUACCCAUCCACACCACCCAAGUGCAAGUUUGAACCUCCUUUAUUUCACCCAAAUGUUUACCCAUCAGGAACUGUCUGCUUGUCAUUGUUAGAUGAAGAGAAGGAUUGGAGGCCAGCUAUUACUAUUAAACAGAUCCUAUUGGGCAUACAAGAUCUUCUCAAUGACCCCAAUAUUAAGGACCCUGCACAGGCUGAAGCUUACACUAUUUAUUGCCAAAAUCGACUGGAAUACGAGAAGAGAGUACGAGCACAGGCUAAGGCAAUGUCUGCACCCUUUGAGUAAACAUUAGUCAUCAGAAAGCAAGAGGUGGCAAACC